AUGCGCGUUGUGCUGCGUUUGACGUUGUUUUUACACUUGGCAUAUUCGGAUUUGGUCAGACGAUGCGAGGAUAAAGAUCUAUGCCAGCACGGAGGAGAAUGUUUUCUGACCGCAGGUAAGAAAUAAUCUUAAUCGCUUUUUUGCAGUCUGUAUUUUCACCUUUUUUCAUUUGUGCUGUCACUUUGAGAGGCAGGGCAACCCAAAAUUGAAAGAAACGUCUCACGCCCACUUUGGAGUUUCGUCCAAGCGAAAUGUCACAUUUGACAAAUAAUUUCGAGGAAAUAUUUUUCGCCCAAAAACCCACAAAAAAGUUUGAUUUUAGUCGAUAAAGAGGGCGAGUGAUCUAUGUUUUAGCUAGAAGGAAUUUCAGGGUGCCAUGGAACAAUCUAAAAAUAUUUUUGGUCGAUUUCUUGAUCGACCUGAAUUUUUUUUGAUUUUCCUUAGAAAUUGAAGCAAUAUUUUUAGUUGUUUUUCAAUAAAUUCUUGGACGAGAAGCCAUUUCGAUCAGUUGAUUUUACAAUUUGAGGCUUUCGCCUUUCAGCUAUAAUCUCAUUCAUUUUCAGCCCGUCAAAGCUCUGCGAAAUGCCCAGAUGGCCGUUAUUCAGAAGUCGACGAGAGCUGCCUUCAUUACUCACCGAUUAAGAAGACUUUUAACGAUGCCUACAAUUUUUGUCGGACGAGAUACGAUGGCCAUCUAGUGUGGCUAGAGAGCAAAGAGAAAAGGGCGUUUGUGGAGGAAUGGAUUGGGAAAUCUGCCUGGAUUGGGCUGCAACGGGAUGGUCAAUCAAAAGCGCGAUGGCAUCCAGGUGGAGGAGUGACCACGAUGGAUGUGGAGGACGGGACAGCUGAGAAAUCGGGUGAGUAAUAUUCGAUCAUUUUGGCAUCUGAUUUUAGGUAUCUUUGUUGCGCACUUGGCCGAAUUUUGAACUAAAAAUGAUUUUUCGCGCUGAAGAACCCUUGAUUUUGUAAAUUUCGUUAAUCAUUCAAAUGCUUCCAGGUACUCACUGUGGUGUUCUCUAUCACAAUCAUGGUCAGCCCAAAAUUUUGACUGAAUUUUGCGAUGAGUCGCACGGUUUCGUCUGUGAAUCAAAUAUUUCUCGCUUCAAAGGUGCUGACGACUGGAUUGCUCAAUGCUCCUGUCCCUCGGGCUAUGGCGGUCGACAAUGCGAGAUCAAAUUGGCCGCGGAAAAAACCGAGAACUCCAGUGAUAAAGAGCUUUGUGGGAUUCGGCGAUUCGAAGAGAGCUGUCAAGAAAAUGAGGUGUUAAUGAUAGAUUACGCCAUCUACGGCUACUCUCCGGUAGGCCAUAAUUACGCUCUGUCCUCUAUUAACAGCUUUCCCCUAAUGCUUGGAGUUUUCUUCUAAUGGCUUGGAAGAGACGGAUUCUCGUUUUUAAAACAGGUUUAUUUUUCCUUCAGCUCCUGAAGUACGAUGGGUUAUGUCCGCUGACGUCGAAUCUGGACCACGACUGCAUUGAGUCCGCCGGAUUGCUGAAAUUGGCGCAGAGGUAAGCCAUUUUAUUUAUGAUUUUCCUACGAUCUUUAGAUGUCAAUACCGCCAAAAAUGUGUCAUCGAAGACUUGGCGAAAUUUUUUGAAAACCCGACAUGUUCUAAUGGAGCCAGACUAAAGUAUCGAGUCAGAUGCGUGGAGAGUAAGUCCUCUUCUUUGAUUUUAUCCAAAUUUAGAGAAAGAGCUGGCUUGUCCGCAUGGUAUGAAGAUUCUGGGAGAUCGAUGCAUUUCGAUCUCUGAUAACAAGGAGAAAAAAACUUAUGCGGAUGCCAGAGCGGAAUGCACACAGAAAGUAAGUGAUUUAGGAUGAAGUUUUUUACGGCGCAUGAAGCCUACAGUGGGGGACCUGAUCCAGUGGCAAAAAACGUACCAUUUUGCAUCCGGGAAGUAUCAAAAAUGUGGCAAAAUGCAUCCCUCUCCAAGUGAAAAACUCUCUUUUUGCCACUGGAUCAGGUCCCUCACAAGACUUAUUUAUUCAAUUUCAGGGUGGGGACCUCGCGUAUUUCGAUCCCUCAAUUGAUUUUACCUCGAUCCUCAAAGGGAUCACGCCUCUACCCUCCUCGGAAUAUUGGAUUCACAAUAGCUCCGAAAAGACAAAUCACUUUGGCCCAAGGAAGUCCGAGUGCCUUACCGCUUCAUGGUGGAGUCCAAACGUCGGCCAGGUACCCUGUUUUGCGAUGUUGGGCUGGAUCUGCGAGUUCGUUCCGAAUGGCAUUGCCGACAGGGUUUUGGUUGACAAAUUGAAGCAGAGGUAAGGAAUCUCGCAAUUUUUCAUUAUGCUGCAAGGCCGCACAGAAAAUUUCAAUCCCCUUCCGACCCCUGCUCAUCUCCAACCUCCGCUGUUUGUCCACAAAAAAGAUCCGAAAUAAUGUGGAUUACGCAACAGGCCGCUAUUAUGUUUGCCUAUUACAGCUUUUACCACGCAUUUAUCCUCGGGGCUCGGAUGCUACAUCCGGUUUAAUUUUUACGCAAAUAUAGGAGAGAGCAGGAGAGCUGUUUAAAGGCCGCGCUGUAGCCGGUCAGAUGAUAUUUUCAGAUUGCUGAAAGGGAAAUAUUAUAUUAUCGUAUGCGGCGGGGACGGCGGUGGUGGAAGUGCGGAUUUUUAGUUGGAGGUUUUAAAAGGUCUUUAUGGUAGUGGGACGUUAGUAUUUUGUAUUCAGCUCCCAAAAUGUCGCUGGAUCUUUUCAAGCAGACAUAAAUUUUUUUUGUCACUUCCAAGAGCCAGAGGAUUUCUCAAAACUUAUCUUGAAUAACCUGUAUCUAUCGUAACCAUUGGUUGAAAAUGUUAGCUUACAAUUUGCAAGCUCAGCUCAAGAAGAUUUGCCGACUUUGAGAAAAAGAAUGUUCGCCCUAUUCCAAGUAUAGAAGAUUUAUAUUUCGUAGCGCAGAGUUACAAUAAAAAUUAAUUUAUAGUGGGGGACCUGAUCCAGUGGCAAAAAAAGUACCAUUUGCAUCCGGGAACUAUCAAAAAUGUGGCAAAAUGCUUCCCUCUCCAAGUGAAAAAAAACUCCGAUUUCAAAAGCGCGCCCAUUCUUUUUGUGAGGGCCCUUCAAAACGAUUUUUUUUCAUUUGGAGAUAGAAGCAUUUUGCCACAUUUUUGAUGCUUCCCGGAUGCAAAAUGUUACGUCUUUUUCCACUGGAUCAGGUCCAAAAUUGACAAGGUUUUUAGUCUACAGUGACGGACUAAAAACCUUGCCAAUUUCUGCAAACUUUGAGCUAAUAAUGUCUCUCAUAUCCAUGUUAGACAGGUCUAGGUGUCACUUGAUUUUUUUCAAUAGUAAUUGUUCCAAUCAGUAUCUUGUUGUCGUCAGAAUUCGUCAGAAAUCAUAUUUUCCACCUUCAAAAUUGUUCGAUUUAAUUAUAGUUUGUCUUUCCAGUUACUCAUUCUUUAAAAGUCGAAAGGAUUUACUCGUCAUUAAUGUUGACCUAACCAAAACCUCGAACUUCGAUUUUCUUGAUUCGAAAAUUGAGGUACGUGAUUACAAAGUGGGAAAUUUGCUCACUGAGUCAUCGCAGAACAAACGACGAGACACUUUCUUUUCUCUCCCAUUCCAGCGCGCAACUAUUUUUUAAAAAGAUUAAAAUUGGGCAAGGUCAACACACGCCGGCAAAAUAUUUGUCAAGCCCUCGCUGCAACUCACGCUGAGGCACUAUUUGUUAGGUAAAUUUAGGUCUUGUCAUACCUAUAUAUAGGUGUUGUCAUAGAAAUACAUGAUUUGGGAUUACUGUAAAAGGGAAAUAUUAGGUUGAGUCAAAAUUAUCCGGCGGUUUUAUUGGCGCGUUUUGUGUAAGUUAAAAUUUGCGUUUUGUUAAUGUUUUUUUAAUAAAAAUUAUCUUUACUAUUUACAGGGGAAGUACUCCAAGUGUGACGCUCAGAUUUUGAUGAAACUUGGCAUAAAUUUAGAAUAAUUUUUUCUAAGAUAUAUGCGAGAAUCCUAUCUCGCGCUUUGCAGAAACAACCGAGAUUUUUAGAUCGAAAGUCGGCGAAAAUUUAGGACUUUUUGCCGAAUUUCAGCACGAAAAGUUUCAUGCCUAUUUCAACUGUAAAGUGUAAUGUUUCCACAAAAAAUCAAAUUUUUCCGCACGAAACUGCCAAAGUUAUGGCCAAAAAACGGUUUUCUCUCUGACCGCUCUCCACGUUGAGCGUGCUCUCUCGGCGGCAAAAAUCGUUCGAUAUCUCGGCGGCGCCCGCAAAGCGCGAGCUAAAACUUUCAGGAAUUGAUAUAUAGUCCAUACCCGAUGUGUGUGCAAAAUUUAAAGAAAAUCUGAGCGUCACACUUCAAGUACUUCCCUUGUUAGUUAAUAAAAUGUGUUUCGAAAACCAUACUCUUAUCCGCCGUAUUAUGCUCUACCAUUUCGAGAAAAGUUGGAAGUCGGCACAGUCAUUUCGCGAUCUCAACGAACUUUUCGGCGAAGGAAGGAAAAAAAUCGGCAGGUGUUUCGUCCAAAGGAGUACCAAAAGACGUCCACUGUAAGAAGGCUACGUGGUAUGUGUGGUGGGACAGAAGCGGAAUCAUCCACUGGGAAAUCGUGUCUAUUUUUUGUUCCUUCGCCGAAAAGUUCGUUGAGAUCGCGGAAUGACCGUGCUGACUUCCAACUUUUCUCGAAGUGGUAGAGCAUAAUGUGGCAAAUAUGAGUAUGGGUUUCGACUGCCAUUUUAUUAACCAACCAGAGAAGAUUAUUUUUAUAAAAAAAACAUUAACAAAACAUAAAUUUUAACUUACAAAAAACGCGCCAAUAAAACCGCCGGAUAAUUUUGACUCAACCUAAUAGGACUUCUUGAGGUUAAUCGAUUGACUGCAGUUAUAUCUUGUGGCUUUUUUCUAAAGGUUGACAUGAGUUCUACUUGCCUUUUGAGGUCACAUAACAGUGAUUUUCGAGGAGAGAACUAACUUCUUUUCUUGUAUUUAUAUACGGUGUGAAAAGCGUGAUGUUUUUCUGCUGUUCGCCAAACAGAACUUUUAAAGCAAUAAUAUAAAAUACAGUCUCCAUUUUUGCCGCUAAUUUUCUUGCCUUGUAACAGAAGGAAAGCUUUGUCAAUACACUACUUAUUGUUAUAUUAUAAAGCUUUAGCGCCCAUGCCAGAAUUAAAUCUGGCCUGGCCAAAGAGAAUUUGAACAAGGACAGCCAUGCCUAAUUCCAGUCUGAACGAUUUUUUCCCUCAGAAUUUCUGUUUUCACCCACCUUUCCCUAAAAAAUUCCAAAAAAAAGCGACGAAAAUCCCAACCGCGAUUAGCCUCACUUAAUCGGAUCACUCUCCUAAAGUCGUUGCGCCUUCUACGUAAAGCAUUCAACGAUAAAAAGAAUAUCUCUUACUGCGAUCUCCUUUCUUGGCGAUUAGGAAUCGCGUUGUCGUGUUACGUAAUGUCUGACGUGAUUCAUCAUUCUGACUAACUUAAUUCAAGAUGAGGCUACCAUUUCUCAUAGUCCUACUAGUACUGAUUAAUUCAACAAUAUGUCAAAGAGGUAGAAGAGGAGAUAGAGAGGAAAACGGAAGAGGAGGAAGUCAAGAGUAAGGAAGGGGUGAUAAAUUUUCUGUCCACUGGCAUUGAUUAGUCAAAGUAAUCAUAAUUUUUCAAACUUUUCAGAAAGUACAUUGAGGAAGAUAAGAAGGAGAAAUCUGGCGAAAAAGAGUAAGAAAAUUACAAAUUUUUUUUAAUAAAAAAUAAUUUUUAAUAGUCCGUUCGCAAAGUGUGUAGCAGGACUGAAAAAGAGCGACACGCACAGUACGAAAACAAAGGUUCACCUUGCAUUAUGCAGUUUCUUGCAUUUCGCACCGUGCAAUAUGGUUUUUCCGGCUGUCUCUCGCACCCUGACUUUUUCCGCACAGUGCUAACGCCAAAGAUCACUCCAGCGGCUUUGCGAAUGGACUGCCAGUCCGCUCGUAAGCCGCUGGACUGAUUUUUUGGCGUUUGCAUUGUGCGAAAAAAGUCAAGGUGCGAGCGAAAGUCCGAAAAGCGUAUCGCACGGUGCAAAAAGCGAGAAACUGCACAGUGCUAGAUGAAAUUUUGUUUUCGCACACUGAAUGUUCAGAAAAUCACUCCAGCGACUGUGAGAAUGGACUAGUGUCAAGCGAUGUACACUUUUAACAUCAAAAAUUGUCUUUUCAGCAAAGAGAACCCACGAUUCUGCAAGGGCUUCAAAUUCCUUGGCCAAAAAAUCCCGGAGACUAAAGCAUGCUACGACUUUGAGGCGGAAUGUCCUCAAGGAUUGUCAGGUACUGAACUUAUGGCUGCAGUGGCGGACCUAGUCCAGUGGCAAAAGCUUACCAUUUUGCAUUCGGGAAGUAUCAAAAAAUGUGGCAGAAUACCUCCCCAUUUUUGUCCUGCGAAAUUAGGUUUAUUAUUCAUUUAUUUCUAGGCAAAAUCAUUCUCACCUGUGAUUGCGCUCGCGCUGAUUGGACAGGGCUCGAGGACCAUUCUCGAUGCAUGAGCCCCUCGCUUUCGGCGCUAAAGGAUUUGGUACGCACUGACGACCCAUUCAUAACUGUCGGCAAAUACGAACAUGUGAUCUACAAUCUGAUGGGAAACAGCAAACUGACCAGCGGCGAUAUCUUCGGAUUCCUCGAAUCCGGUGAUUCCAUGAUGGCAAUGGCAUUGCAGCGACUUGACAAAGAGGCAGACGCGAAGAAAAAGAAAAUAUACAGCAAGAAGUUUGCAAAAGUAAGGUUAAUAUUAGUGAAUUUGUUUAGAUCUGAUAGAGUCAGUGUUUUGAUAGCUUUUUUAUAUUUUCUUUCUAGUCUAUUGGAAACACCGGGGAUUAUUUGAUGGAUAAGAGAGCGGAGAAGGCCUGGUACAACAUGACGGAUGAUCACCGUGUGGCCAGAGCAGCCAGGUUGAUGCAAAUGUUGCAAAACGUCCUUGUCUUACAAUCCCAUGGGAUGGCAAAUGGGUCGGAGGAUUUCAAAUUUUCCCAUUUUGGUGGGUUUGGCUUGUAACUAUUAAUAAAGUUAGUCCACUUAUGACAAUUGUUAGAGACAUGAACCAGUGGCAAAAAGCGUAUCAUUUUGCGUCCGGGAAGUAUAAAAAAUGUGGCAAAAUGCCUCCCUCUCCAACUAAAAAAACUCCGUUUUGAACUGAGCGCCCUUUCUUUCACAACAACAGUGCUUCUGAAAUCGGAGUUUUUUCACUUAGAGAGGGAUGUAUUUUGCUACGUUUUUUGAUACCCCCGGAUGCAAAAUGAUGCGUUUUUUGCCACUGAAUCAGGUGUCACCGCGCGAAAUUCUUUUUUUCACAAUUCUCAAGCCUUGUGUGUGAUUGCCAACCAACUUCUUUUUCUUUUCCCAUAAAUACACGGAUUUUGCUGCGUUUUUGACACUUCCCGGAUGCAAAAUGGUCAUUUUGGUCAAUGGAUCAGGUCCGCCACUGUAUUUGCAUCUUGUGGUCCAAAAUAAACUCUCGGAUUUUCCUCAUAUGUCCGUCUGAACCUCAAUUUCAGCGUCCAAGCUCGAGGUGAAACCUGAAGUUCAAUAUGCUCCUGGUACCCCGUCCAUAAGGAUUGCUCAAGACGUGCCGGAGCCCGAAACAGUCUCUUUCGACGGCUUUCAAAAAGCGGCCUCAAUGGAAAUGCCCAGCAGCGACUUGCUUAGCUUUGCUGUUAAAUGGAGCCACGAGUCCAAGCAAAUGUCUGGAGGACUCAUUCCACGGAUGAGAACGUUGAAUCCAUCGCCAAAUCCGCCGUCGGCUGAUAACACACUCAAAGUUGGUCACUUUAUGUUUUCGAAUCUUGGGAAUUUAAUGUCAUCGACGACUUCGAAGCGAAGAGUCAACAGUUACAUCAUGGGGGCUUUUGUGAAUGAUCCCGCAAUUUCUGUGGACUUGAUGAAUGAUCAUGUCAGCUUUACAUUUUACCAUUUGGUGAAGGUAGGCAAACAAUUGUUUUUUUGCUUCGUAUUUUACUUAGAUCUUGUAGUCUGCCAUUAAUUUUGAGCAGCAUACAAAUCAUUGAGAUAUUGAUGCAGAAUGCCAAGACUUGGAGUUGUCGUUGCAAAACCUACCAAAUUUCUGAAAAUAAUAUAUUAUGAACAUGUUAUUCAGUGGGGACCUGAUCCAGUGGCAAAAACGUACCAUUUUGCAUCCAGGAAGUAUCAAAAAUGUGGCAAAAUGCUUCCCUCUCGAGUGAAAAAACCGCGGUUUGAAGGGUUCCUCACAAAAAGAGCGGGCGCGCUUUUGAAAUCAGGGUUUUUUUCACUUCAAGAGGGAAGCAUUUUGCCAAAUUUUUGAUACUUUCCGGAUUCAAAAUCGUACGUUUUUUGCCACUGGAUCAGGUCCCCCACUGUACUUUACUUUUCAAUUUCAGGACGGCGUAAAAAACCCCAAAUGUGUUUUCUGGAACCUCACCACCUCCUCGUGGGACGAUAAAGGAUGCGAGAUGUCCUUUACCAACGAUGAGUACACUAAAUGCACUUGCUCGCAUCUAACUUCCUUUGCAAUUCUGAUGGACUUUACAAAUUCAUUGGGCGAGCUCCGAGGUAGAGAAGACGGUUAUUUGCCCGCCAAAUUCGUCGAUGAAACCUUGGAUUGGUUGACGAUCAUUGGCUGUGCUUUAUCGAUAAUCUCUCUGACUUUUUGCAUCCUAAUUUUCACCAUCUUCCGGUCGCUGUAUAAUAGUCGAACAACGAUUCAUCGAAAUCUCUGUCUAUCGCUUCUGAUGGCCGAGAUUUUCUUCCUCUUUGGCAUCGAAGAAACGGAGCCUGCGAUUCUCUGUAGUGGCGUGGCUAUAGCGCUCCACUACUUCUUCUUAUGCGCGUUUGCAUGGAUGUUGUUGGAGGGCUACCAGCUGUAUUUGAUGCUGAUCAAGGUGAGCUAAUAGAAGACAAUUUUUUGAAGGGUAUCUCUCAGGUUUUUGACGCUCGAUCAAGAACACUUUGGUAUUAUUGCUGCGGAUAUUUAAUUCCCGCAAUCAUUGUGCUACUGUCGGUGCUGGUGGCAGCAGAGAAUUAUGGGACUGCUAAUUAGUAAGUAUUCUUUUAUUUCUUGGAUAAAUCUUACCGGCACGUAUAUGUAAAAUUGACGUAGAAUGUACAGUGACAGACCUGAUCUACUGGAAAAAAAACGUACCAUUUUGCAUCCAGGAAAUGUCAAAAAAUGUGGCAAAAUGCCUCCCUCUCCAAGUCAAAAAACUCCAAUUUGAAGGGCACCCUUUUGAAGUCGGAGUCUUUUCACUUGGAGAGGGAGGUAUUUUGCCACAUUUUUGAUACUUCCCGGCUGCAAAAAUGGAACCUUUUUGGCCACUGGAUCGGGUACGCCACUGUAUGUCAAAUCAUGUUUAUGGACUCAAAUAUAUAACUAUAAAUUUUAGCUGUUGGAUAGACGUUACAUCUCCCACUAUCUGGACAUUUGUCGGACCCAUUGGCCUAAUUGUCCUAUUCAACAGCGGAGUGUUGGUGUUGGCCUUGCGAACAGUCCUCGCCGUCCGAAACCGCGACCGAAGCUUGGCCGCCAAGGUCCUGGGAUGGCUGAAGGGGUCGGCAAUGUUACUGUUCUUGCUUGGAAUCACCUGGGUAUUUGGAUUCCUCAGCGCGAUUCAUGUGCUUCAACCCUACGUGGCUUAUAUUUUUACCAUCUUGAAUUCAUUACAAGUAAGUGUUCAUUAUUUAGAUUUUCCUUCGGUGACUUGAACCUGUCGUAUUUUAAAAACCAAAUUUCAGGGUACAUUCAUCUUUUUCCUGCACGUUGUAAUGAAUGACAAGGCCCGUCAGUGUGUCCUGCGAUGUCUGAAGGAGGGAGUUUGCUGUCAGUCCCCGGUCACUUCCUCAUCUCACUCGAAGAAUGGAAUCCGACCAGAUAGCAGUAGCACGUUCAACAAGACCAACAACUUUUUCGCAUUAAGAAAGGAUAAGAUCUUGCAAUGGUGGCCGUUGAAGUCAAGUGCCAGCAAUUCGAAGAACUCAAAUUCGAAUGAAGAAAAUCGAAGGAGCUCCGAGGUGGCAUGUAAGUAGAAUAGCGGACCUGAUCUACUGGCGAAAAACGUACCAUUUUGCAUCCGGGAAACAUCAAAAAUAUGGCAAAAUACCUCCGUCGACAAGUGAAAUAACUAGGAUUUUAAAAGCGCUCUUUUUGUGAGGCAAAGGGCUCUUAUAAACGAAAUUUUUUUUAGUUGGCAUUUUGCCACAUUUUUUGACACUUCCCGGAUGCAAAAUGGUAGGUUUUUUGGCUCUGGUUCAGGUCCGUCGCUGUAGAGCGAUAAAAAACGUAUAAACGUUUCUCGUUUUACGGUGAUAGAGCUUCUUACUGAACUCUGUCCAGCUACCUAAAGGACGGCUCAUUUUCUCAACGAAAUUGUUUCAGCACCACCGCCGUCUUUAAAGACACCCAAAGAAGUGGAAAGUCCCCGUGAAUCAGACUCAAAAGAGGAAGAGGAUGAGACCGUCACAAGGAGACGACUUCUCAGUCCAGUCAGAGAGGCUACAGUUACAGUUGAGCGAUUCUGA